AUGUACAGAGUAAGAGUCAUUGCUUCGAUGUCUGUUCUCGCAAGAUCUAAUCGCCUUGGUUCAACUAUUAUCAAACAGUCAGGCAGAUAUAACCACUUUAUGCAAACAAGAUGUUUAACUGGAAAAUUCAUGCCAUUGUAUAAAACAGUAGACUUUAAGGGGGCUGUGAAAAAGAACUUGAGAAAGGCCACACCAGUGGUUCCUUGUGCUUUUAACUCAAUAACACCUAUGGACCUGGCCAAGGAUAUUGCAGCUGUGAAGAAUGCUGAUGGACAUCUUUAUCUAUAUGAACAUUUCAAGAACUCUCCAGGU